GCACCGAGGAAGAAGAAGUUCCACCCUUUCUCCAGUGAGUGGCGGUAAUGCUCCACGUUUUAAUGUGAUCAGCCGUUAGAUCAAAACGAAGAAGAAGUGGUUCCGGUGUCCGGUCAAGAUGCAGCGAGACAAAACAAGCAACGCCGCCGCGGCUGAAAAGCCCGACCGGGAGGCCGCCAUCAUGUCCAAAUAUUACGAUGGAGUGGAGUUUCCUUUCUGCGACGAGUUCUCCAAGUAUGAGAAGAUGGCCAAGAUAGGACAGGGAACCUUCGGGGAGGUCUUCAAAGCGAAGCACAGACAGACCGGGAAGAAGGUGGCUCUGAAGAAGGUUCUGAUGGAAAAUGAAAAAGAAGGGUUCCCCAUCACCGCUCUGAGGGAGAUAAAGAUCCUUCAGCUGCUCAAACACGAGAACGUUGUUAAUCUGAUCGAGAUCUGCAGAACCAAAGCGACCCAGUUCAACAGGUACAAAGGCAGCAUCUACCUGGUGUUUGACUUCUGUGAACACGACCUGGCUGGCCUUCUGAGCAACGCCAACGUCAAGUUCACGCUGGCAGAGAUCAAGAAGGUGAUGCAAAUGCUCCUGAACGGGCUGUACUACAUCCAUAGGAACAAGAUCCUGCACAGAGACAUGAAGGCAGCAAACGUGCUCAUCACCAGAGACGGAGUCCUGAAGCUGGCCGACUUUGGCUUGGCUCGAGCUUUCAGUCUGGCCAAGAACAGUCAGGGGAACCGCUACACCAACCGGGUCGUCACAUUGUGGUACCGACCGCCAGAGCUGCUGCUGGGUGAACGGGACUACGGCCCACCCAUCGACCUGUGGGGGGGGGGCUGCAUCAUGGCGGAGAUGUGGACCAGAAGUCCCAUCAUGCAGGGGAACACGGAGCAGCACCAGCUCACUCUGAUCAGCCAGCUGUGCGGCUCCAUCACCGCCGAGGUGUGGCCCGGCGUGGAUAAGUACGAGCUCUACCAGAAGAUGGAGCUCCCUAAAGGCCAGAAGAGGAAGGUGAAGGACCGCCUCAAGGCCUACGUCAAGGACCCAUACGCUCUGGACCUGAUCGAUAAGCUGCUGGUUCUGGACCCAGCCCAGCGCAUUGAUAGCGAUGAUGCCCUCAACCACGACUUCUUCUGGUCUGACCCUAUGCCAUCGGACCUGAAGAACAUGCUGUCCACGCACAACACCUCCAUGUUUGAGUACCUGGCCCCGCCCAGGCGAAGAGGACAUAUGCCCCAGCAGCAACCAAACCAGAACCGGAACCCAGCCACCACCAGUCAAACGGAGUUUGAUCGAGUCUUUUAGAGCAGAGCCGAACUUGUUGGGAAAAUAUUUUUUUAUGAUAUUUCCUGCUGGAUUUUCCUGCUGUUGCCGUUUGUCUUUAAAGGAUCCAGGAUGUUUGGGUUUAACAUGAGUCCUGAAAGUUCUGCUGAGAGUUCUGUAUCAGUUCGUCAGCCUUGAUCCAUAAAAAGACUUCAUUUUAAUGCCUGUACAGUUACGGUAGAAUAACAGGUCAAUGUGGUUAAUGAUUUCCAGGUGGAUCUGUCUCAGCUUAUUUAUAAGAAUCACAGAAACUUGUUCUGAAUGGUCCACUGAGCCAGAAUGCAGCGCAAAAUAAAAUGUUUUUUUUUUUUUCAUAAACUCGUUUGUCAGACUGUUGAUCAUCAGGAGGAACCAAAGAAUCAUUCUGGACCUGAAAUCGGGUUAGUCUUUUGAGACUGCAGUGGUGUCAUCUGUCCACUAGGUGGCAGCAAACACCACAUUAAAAAAACAGUUUUUAUUCACUCA